CUUCCCCCCUCCCGUCCCCGCCCCCUCGGCCUCUCCGCUCCCUGGCGUGACUCGGCACUGAGCGCCCCGGGAGAAGCCUCCGCGAUCGCUACCGCCUCCGUUCAGGCCUCGGCCUUCCAGAACCUUCCCCCUUCUUCUCCCGGUCUUCUCUUUCAGCUUCGAGGCCGGUGGCGUCGCGGCCGCCCUUCCGGGCUUUCUGAGAAUGGUGGGAGUGAAGCCAGUCGGGAGCGACCCGGAUUUCCAGCCGGAGCUUAGCGGCGCGGGCUCCAGACUCGCCGUGGUCAAGUUUACCAUGCGAGGGCGCUGAGAAUCAAGGUCUUUGCAAGAGAAAAAAGUACAAUUCUGAAAUUCAGGCAUACUUGGGGCAUAAUAUUUUUAGAGAUGGGAAAGGUCCUUGAAGAAUCAUCCCUUCUUAUAUUAUACAGAGCAAUCAGGUGCGGACCAUGUUUAAGGAUUGCCCCAGCAUUCAGUACUAUGAGUAAUAAGUAUCCACAGGCAGUUUUCUUGGAAGUAGAUGUACAUCAGUGUCAGGGAACAGCUGCCACCAACAAUAUAUCAGCAACACCUACAUUUUUGUUUUUUCGAAACAAAGUGAGAAUUGAUCAAUAUCAAGGAGCAGAUGCUGUGGGAUUAGAAGAAAAAAUCAAGCAGCACUUAGAGAAUGACCCUGGAAGCAAUGAGGACACAGAUAUUCCAAAAGGCUAUAUGGAUUUAAUGCCUUUUAUUAAUAAAGCUGGCUGUGAAUGUCUUAAUGAAAGUGAUGAGCAUGGAUUUGACAACUGUUUGCGAAAAGACAUGACCUUCUUGGAAUCUGAUUGUGAUGAGCAGCUACUAAUUACUGUGGCAUUCAAUCAACCCGUUAAGCUUUAUUCAAUGAAAUUUCAAGGACCAGAUAAUGGUCAGGGUCCUAAAUACGUAAAAAUUUUUAUCAAUCUACCCCGAUCUAUGGAUUUUGAAGAAGCAGAAAGAAGUGAACCAACUCAGGCUCUGGAACUGACAGAGGAUGAUAUUAAAGAGGAUGGUAUUGUCCCACUUCGUUACGUUAAGUUUCAGAAUGUUAACAGUGUAACUAUAUUUGUUCAGUCCAAUCAAGGUGAAGAAGAAACAACAAGAAUUUCAUAUUUUACUUUUAUUGGUACUCCAGUCCAGGCAACAAAUAUGAAUGACUUCAAACGAGUAGUUGGCAAAAAAGGAGAAAGCCACUAAAGUUCGAAAGACACUGGAAGACCAUAUUGCAAUCAGAUCUACAGCUCCUGGAUAAUUGCUUGAUUCUCGCCAGAGACUGUCAAUAUUCCAUUCAUUGCCGUUACCAAUAAAUCAUUGCUUUUGUUCAGAUGAUAUCACUAGUGUUUCUAUUGUAAUCUUGAUACAUGCAAUUGUAAAUAAAAGUCACUACUUUUGCCAAGCUUAA